UCCUCAAUCUGCUGCGGCCAUGAGCGGUCAUAAAAAGCCUCUGCGGCAUCAAAGCGGAAGCACUUCACUGGUCCUCGAGGCCAAGAUCAACGCGAGCUAAACAGCAAGAUGGCUCACCGGCUGCUGGUACGCAGGAUUUGGACGUUCUCCACCAAAGAUAUCCGCUGCCUCCGAGCAUCCACCGCAGCCGCCGUCUCCUCCUCCUCCUCUUCUUAUUUCACCUCCCUACAGUCGGCCGCAUCCCGGGUCUCCUUCCUCGCCCCCUCUCGGUCUGUCCCUCGCUCCCUCCCUCACACCUCCUGCAGAGGAGUGUCCUUCAACGUUCAGGAUCACGACGACUUCACAGACAGAGUCAUCAACAGCGAUCUGCCCGUGCUCGUUGACUUCCAUGCACAGUGGUGCGGUCCCUGUAAGAUCCUCGGGCCGAGGUUGGAGAAGGCCAUCGCAAAACAGAAAGGCCGCGUUGCCAUGGCGAAAGUGGACAUAGACGAUCACACAGACCUGGCCAUUGAAUAUGGGGUGUCUGCCGUUCCGACAGUAAUCGCCAUACGUGGAGGCGACGUCAUCGACCAUUUUGUGGGGAUCAAAGAUGACGAUGAGCUGGACUCAUUUGUCAGCAAGGUCAUUGGACAAUAAACCAGCCGUCCCCGCUCUGCCCGCUCACCGCCGUCAUGGUGCUUGUUUUCUAGGAUUCUGGCACGUGGGGCCGCCAUCUUUGAGCCUGUUCAGCAACAACCUCCAAAUAAACAACAAUCCCAGCUGGCAAACUGGC